AUGAAUUCAUAAAGUGAAUAGCCUUUUCAAUUUAAACAACUUCGAUCCCAAUCUCUCAGUCCUUAUAAUGAUUUCAAUCUUAUCAAGUAACUCAAACGAUAAUUGCAUUGUUCUGCCCAAAAAACAGCGUAGAUCUUAUCUUUAGAAAAUAAAGCAAAUCAAGAAUAAAUUGAAGCAAAUAUCAUUAGCUCAGAUUCAAUCAAAAACUAAUGCAAUGCCUUUAAGAGUAGGAGGAACUCAUUGAUAUUUGAAGGAUAGUCUAUUCCAAUUAACCCAAUUAUCAAAUAUAGUGUGGAUGUCUCUCAAUUCUACAAAAUAGCUCCUUAGAUUCUAAGGAGCAACAAUUACUAAUAAAAAAUAAUCAAUAGAAAAUAAAAACCAAUUAACCCCAUCAAUUCCCAAGACUUUAUUUAUGAUGAUGAUGCGAACAAUCAGUCAACCGUCGAUGUAUAAAAUCCGAGUUGCAAUCCACACACUGAAACUAAAAGACAAUAUAUAUCUAUUCUACCUAACAUCAAAAAAUAAAAAGCAGGAAUUGAAGAGGAGUAUCCUAUUAAGAGAUUAGAGAGAUAUGAACAAUUAAUGAAACAAACCUGUGAUGAACAACUUAAUGAAUUGCAAACCUUAAUUAAGAAGAUCUAAAAGCCCCCAGUUGGGAAAAAGGAGAAGAAGGUAACUUUUCUUAUUUGA